CUCAUUGUCACACUACUCAGCUCCCUCAAACAUUCACUCAUGGACUCUGUAAUGGUCAGAGCUGGGGAUAGCACUUGUCCUGGUGAGACUGGGGUAUCUGGAUUUGUAUUUUAUUCUUAAGACACCAGAUUCACCUGGAUUGUAUGCAUGACUCGGAGACAAGUGAGGCAUCUUUCACAGCAUUAUGGAUAAAGACCAUGGUCCAGAGGGCAAGAUCCAACUGGACAUGGGCACAGCACAUCCUAUACCCCUGAGAGGACAGUGGUCAAGUAAAAUUGAGUUCCUCUUAGCUGUUGCAGGACAAAUCAUAGGGCUUGGAAAUGUGUGGCGGUUUCCUUACCUCUGCUACAAAAAUGGAGGAGGAGUUUUCUUCAUCCCCUACAUCCUCUUCCUCUUCUCUUGCGGCAUCCCCUUGUUUCUGCUGGAGACAUCUCUUGGCCAGUAUACCAAGCAGGGAAGUAUCACCUGCUGGAGGAAAAUUUGCCCCCUAUUUGAAGGGAUGGGCUAUGGCAGUCAAGUGGUUGUUUUAUAUUCCAGUAUCUAUUACAUUAUCAUAUUAGCCUGGGCAUUCCUGUAUCUCUUCUCCUCGUUCAACUCUGAACUUCCCUGGGCAAGCUGCAAAAACAGCUGGAACACAGAUACCUGUGUGGAGUUUGAUCGAAUGCCCAAUUAUCUCAAUAUGACUGUAGCUGAAAAUGCAACUUCACCAGUGAGAGAGUUUUGGGAAAGAAGAGUUCUGAAUAUCACAGGGAGUAUCCAUGAGUUAGGUAGUGUACGAUGGGAGUUGGCUCUGUGUCUUCUGUUGUCCUGGAUCAUCUGUUACUUCUGCGUAUGGAAAGGAGUGAAGUCUACAGGAAAGGUAGUUUACUUCACUGCGACAUUUCCAUAUUUGAUGCUGGCUGUGUUGCUUGUUCGUGGACUCACAUUGCCAGGGGCCUUAAAUGGGAUCAAGUUUUACCUUUACCCAGAUCCCUCCCGUCUCAGUGAUCCCCAGGUGUGGAUGGAUGCAGGCACACAAAUAUUUUAUUCCUAUGCUAUUUGCAUAGGGUGUCUAAUUGCACUGGGCAGCUAUAAUAAGUACAACAAUAACUGCUACAGGGAUUGUGUGUAUUUGUGUUUUUUAAACAGUGGAACCAGCUUUGUUGCUGGUUUUGCCAUCUUCUCUGCUCUUGGAUUCAUGGCUUACGAGCAGAACACAGACAUAUCAAAAGUGGCUGAGUCCGGACCCGGUCUGGCCUUCAUUGCCUACCCUCGAGCAGUUGCCAUGAUGCCUUUUCCUCAGAUCUGGGCGAUGUUCUUUUUUAUUAUGAUCAUCCUGCUGGGACUGGACAGUGAAUUCGUAGGUUUGGAAGCUAUCGUAACUGCAAUUUCUGACUUGAACCCUGCCUUCUUCCACGUCGGCCAUCGGCGUAAAUGUCUCCUGCUCUCCAUCUGUGUUUUCAGUUUCUUCAUUGGUCUAGUGAUGGUGACAGAGGGUGGACUGUACAUAUUUCAGGUCUUUGACUACUAUGCCUGCAGUGGAAUGACUUUGCUUCUCUUUGCCAUCCUGCAGUCUGUGUGUAUUGGUUGGGUUUACGGUGCUGACCGGUUUUAUGACAACAUACAGGACAUGAUUGGAUACAGGCCUUUAUCCCUCAUUAAAUACUGUUUAAAAUAUGUCACUCCAGUGAUUUGCUUGGGAACGUUUAUUUUCUCUUUGGUCAAGUACACUCCUCUGAAGUUCAACAACAAGAUAGAGUAUCCGUGGUGGGGUUACGCUCUUGGCUGGUGGUUCACACUCUCCUCAACCCUCAUUGUUCCUUUCCGGAUGCUGUAUAAUCUGCUCACCACUCCUGGAUCACUACGUGAGAGGAUCUCUGUCCUUUGCACACCAGCUGGAGACCUUCCUCUGACCAAAUCAGAAAAGAAAACUUUUGAACUGCUACCGCCCUCAUCUUGUAAGAACAUGUUGUGACAAAGUGGAUGGUUGUAAGAUGAUGUAAUGUAUAUCUACAUAUAUGGGGAAAGAUAUAAUGUGGGGGCAACACAUUUUUAAAAUGAGUGAUUCAGUGCAGUCUGAUACAGUAAAGAAAAUGUGUUUAAUUCUGGUCAUUUGGCAUUCUUCAUGAAAACAAGACAUUUCUACUGGUUAGCUACAAUCAGAUAUAGCAUUCAGUAAGAUCUGGGUAUCACAAAUAUUCUUGUUACUUAAUCUCAGAAAAUUGAUGUACAAAUCAGAUGCAUGUUGGUUGGCUUAGUCGGUCUAAAAUGUAUAAAAAAUGUCACAUUAACUCAUUAUCCUUAACCACACCACAAGAUGAUAGAUCUUAAACAAUACAUUGGGAAAGAUAUACUGUAAUAAUUUGUUAUUAUUCUGGGUUGUCAUUGUAAAAUUCUUCAACAUCAGCAUCUUUAGCUUAUGUGUUGUUCUUACCUGUACCAGCUGUAUUAGCUUCCAUGGAUUCGCCAAGACCUCUCACCAGCCCUCAUGAUUCUACUGUAACUUGAUACGUCAAGUUUUUUCCAUUGUUUCUCCCUUUCUGUAAAACUAUGCCAGUGCUGUUUUAUUUUUUAUUUUUUGUUUGUUUGUUUGUUUUAUUUAGAUAUUGUAUGUGUUUUUUAAGGCUGCAUGCAGAUCAGCUGCUUUCACCUCUCUGAGUGGGCCAUCUGACAGAUGGGUUAGCUUAUAAACUUUGAAAAUGAGAUGCAGACUAUAUUCAGAGUAGAAAAGGUCCAGAUGCCCUCUUACCUUUUACUGUGACCAUGUCUUGUGACAAACUACAGUUUAAAAAGAUGGUAAUUAGGACUAAAAUAAAUCAAAUAUUAUUUUAUUGUCUAAAAUACCAUAAAAUUACCCCCAAAAAGUUAAGAUAUAAGAUUUUUGUCUACCAAGCAGUCCAGCUGUCAUAUUUAGAAAUUAACUAAAUAUUUGCUGUUUUUGCUUUACAAGUUUAAAGAAGCAAAAUAAAAUUAAAAUUUUAAAUAAUUGUAGUUUUUGUAAUUGUUUGGAUCCAGGAGACCUGGCUUCAUCUGACACAGCAGGUUAGGUUUGGUUAGGGUACACUUUAAAUGCCACUACACAGAUGAAUUCAUUUUAUCUUUUUUUGUGCCAACUUAAUGACUUUACUGUUUGUCCCUCUAUAGAGUGUAUUGCUUUUGUUUGUUUUUGAUAAUCAGAGUGUGAAUAUGACAUUAUUUGAUUAUGUUAAAAGUUUCUUGCUGCCAAAGUAGGAGAAGAGAAGAAAGUUAAUCCCUGAAUAGUUUAUCUGGUGUUGCAUUCAUAAAAAUGUGGGAGCUAACUAAUAUUUUGCUGAUUACAGUUUUUAUGAUUAGUAUAUUUAUUCCAAAUUUAACCUCAUAACUUUGCUUAAUGUUGUUGUGAGGUGGACGCAAAAAUGAUAAUAUAUAAAACCAUUAAUAAUUGAAAGCAAGAUUGUGCCAUUUAAACACAAAUUUAAUCAUUUUUUGCACAUUUAGCAUAAUAAAGUGUCCUGUGUUUUUUACAUGUGCACUGAUUUGCUGUCAUAUUGUAAACUCAGCACUUUUAUCUUUGGAAGAAUUCCUUAUAAAUGAUUGAUCAGUGGUCAGGUUGGUAGUUUGUUAACCUGAGUUAGGGAAAAUCUCACUUGAGGUACAAACCUUGGAUUGUUUAACUCAGGCAUGUCAAACUGGUCCAGCAAAGGGCCGUGUGGCUGCAGGUUUUUGUUCCAGCCAGCCAAGAGCACACAGUUUGACCAAUCAGCUGUCUGAAGACUGAGAUCAGUUGAUUGAAUCAGUCAAAUCUGGUGUGCUGCUGCUUGGUUGGAACAAAAACCUGCAGCCACACGGCCCUUUGCUGGACCAGUUUGACAUAUGUGGUUUAACUAUUGGUAGUAAAGCAGCGUUGAUAAUAAUUUGCCAAAUGAGCUAUUGAAAUCAGUCAAUCGGGUUACUUUUGGCACACAAUGAAUUAAAUAAACUCAACCUGAGAAGUCCAGUAAAGUGAUAAGAUACUGAUUUAAAUCCUGGGCGCCACUGAGCCACUUUGCUGUUUCUGACCCCCGAGUCCUGUUCACAUUGUACCUGCAUAUGUGCAGCUCAGGAGGAAAGAAACGUUCCACCACUUACAACUUUGGGUUAUGUUUUUAAUUAAACAUUAGAAUUGUUUUGUUUUGUUUUUUUUAAGUGUAGUUAUAUAUCCCCAUAAAUCAACCUAAUAUUUUUACAUUUUUAUAAAGUUUUUAUAUCAGAACUCACUGAGAUUUGUGGUGAGGUUUUAUGUGUAAAUUACAGAUGCUGUACUAUGAAAUCUUUCUAAUUUAUGGACUAUUUUCAAAACAUGUCUUUGAAAAACUUUUAAGAAUUCAUGUUUAAACUGAAACUAUCAAGUUUCCUGUAAUCCACUGUAAUAGGUAAUUACAUUAAGAGCAAGCAGCAUGAUAAUUCUGUUCCUUUCUUUAUUUAAUGUUUGUGUAUUUGACCCAAUUGUUACAGUUCAUGGUGUUGUUACAGUUUUUAAUCUUAUUAAAGAUUGUGCCUUUAAAACUAAGCAUCUUUAAAUAAAACUGGAUUAAUAUUAAUGUGCUAA